GGGGAAGACCAUUCUGGAAUGCAGCCUACCAAAUACUCCUGGGAUGACAGCAGCUGUGAAGCAGGAAGAUUAGCUUCUUGAGAGAAGGGAUAAAGUACACAGUGUUUACAGAGGAGUGUUCUCCACAGGUUAUCGGCAGACACCUGCUCUCCACCUACAUCCUGCCAGUAAAAAACAUUCUUGUCCAGGAUUCUGGUUUGGACAAUAACAGAAAGAAUGAAAACUCCACGCUGCCGUUACAUUCUUCUGCCCAAUCUGGAUGAUGAAACUUUGUCUCUAGAACCUGAAGAGGAAGCUGAUGGGCUAGACUCAGUCAGGACAAAUGCAGAUGUUCCAUCCCAAGUUGCAGAAGAAUUGAAUGAGCCUAUACUGAAUGCUCAAAGUAGCAUCUUGCAUAAAGAAGAAAUCCAACAACUAACUCCACAUCUCCCUCUGCGAGUGACUGCCUAUCCUUGGAACCUUGUCUACUGUACAGCAAGGGAUGGAUUUAGUCUGAAGACCAUGUAUAGAAGCAUGAGCAACUUGGCCUCUCCCGUGUUAUUGAUUAUCAGAGAUACUGAUGGGCAGAUAUUUGGAGCUUUUUCUUCUACAGCUAUUCAUGUGAGCAGCUGUUUUUAUGGCAAUGGAGAAACAUUUCUGUUCUCUUUCACUCCACAACUCAAGGUAUUUAAAUGGACAGGCAAAAAUACCUUCUUCAUGAAAGGAGAUGCAGAUUCUUUAGCCAUUGGUGGUGGCAGUGGUAAAUUUGGACUCUGGCUAGAUGGAGAUCUGAACCAUGGAGGAAGCCACCCCUGUGAAACCUUCAAUAAUGAAGCAUUAUCACCCAAAGAGGAAUUCCUCAUCCGAGACUUAGAAGUUUGGACAUUGUCUUAACUGGAAGACUGGGAGAAAAAUCAGACAUCUUUUCACAUAAACUUUCCAAGCUCUUGAGAAAAAGGAUUUGGCCAGCAGUCCUGCAUCAGUUUGUCAAAUCCCCCUCAAAUGAGGAUAAACCUGUUGUGGAUUCCCCAUGUCUUUUAUAGAUUGGCAAGAAAGAAAGCUGAAGAAUCUUACCAAUUUUCUAAUAUUUAUAUCCCUCAGUUACCAGCCUCUUCUCAAGUAAGCUGCAUCUAAAAGUAGUUUGUUCUUUGGAUGUAUCCGGGUCAGUGGUACACAUCUGUAGUGCAGAUAGGAAGUGAUGUCUGGGUAACAACCCUAUGAGGAAUUGGUAAGCAAUAAACGUAUUUGCCACUAUUGCUUGCUGGGUAAGUAACAUAAACAGAUGUUGUUCUUUGCUUUAACAGAUACCUGCCCAUUUAUGGGUCAAGCUACUUUCAUAAUAGAAGCAAACAUAUUGCUCUUAGGCUUCACCUAAGACAUUUUUACCUGCUUGUAAAAUAUUAAGUAAAUAAGGAGGAAUUUCCGGACAAUGAGUUAUUAAGCAGUGGAACAAGCUGCCUCCGGGAGUUGCAGGAUGUUCUAUUCAAGCAAAAGAUUGGAAAGCCAAUUGUUUGGGUAGCCAGAGGAUCCUGGUCCUGAACAGCAGGUUGGCCUCCAAGAUCCCUUCCAACCCUGAUUCUGUACUUCGGCUUUCUGCUUUAAAAUGAGAAAUCUCUAUAGACUUUCAUAGGCAUUCUUAUGACUUAAUUGCCAUACUUAGGAAUAGUUGAGUAUUUAUAUCACAACACAUUUCUAUUGUUGUUUUGUUGUGUUCACAUGCCCAAAUACCUUCUAAAAGAGAGAUAUUUCUCUAAAUGUGUUAGUGCCUACAAACAAUGGCUCCAUACUUAAAGAAGAGAAUAUUUAUAGCUCAGAUUUGAACUGUGGUUCCUUGGUGCUCUCUGAGUUUGGUAGCACAUGCAAUGAAAUACUACAAUCACUUUUUUCUACAGCAGGUCACCUUUUGAGCUGAACUCUUGAUGAUGUAAAAUAGACAGGUCCAUUCAGUAUUCAUGGCUUCAUACAUACAAAAGUGUGUUGCUGUUGGUUUCUUGCAAGGAACUAUUGUUUUUGCAUCUUUUUUUUGGCUGCAGAAGCAGCUUUGUAAAUGAUAGUUGUUCUUUAAUACAAUGUAGCCUCACUCAGGUUUUACAUCAAACUUUUUAGUCUUUUCCUUUCUAUUAUAGAAAGCUCAGUUUUAUUAGCAAUCCAUUUGCAACAUUUUAUCUCCAGAAAUUUGUCUGUAAUAUGGACAAUUUUCACUAUUGCAUUUCUGGCAUCAUUUUAUGAACAUUUCAACAUUCUAUAACAUUUAUAUGCAUCAUGAUUUUGCAUCCAUAUAUAGGGUUACCAGAAAACUGAAUAAAUAA